UGAUUAGGUGGAAUCUAGUUCACGACGCACGUGGCCUUGGAGCCACUGGAUAAAACAAAGAAGUUGAAACUGCGAAGGCAGGGUUUGAGUUCUGAGCAGCCUCAGCAAUGUUGGAAGUGCCUAUAAUCUUAGUAACUAGCAGUGAAGACGAAGACGAACACGUCGUAACGAACGUGAGCAAGAUCAGAAAGCACGAGGAUGAGUACAGAUUGAUAUCAGAUCUGAGUGGCUUUGACAACCUCAGGGCCAUGGUUGAGGCCGACGCUUUACUUAGAGCGAAGAGAAUGGAGAGAAAGAAAACGAUCAAAAAGGAGACUGAAAGGAAACGGACGGGAAAAACUGAGAAGAUAACGUUUGUAAAUGUCGAGCCCGAAUUAGAAAACCCCCUGAUCUUUUUAGAAAGCAGCGAAGAUGAAGAAGCGAACAACGUGAAGAAAAGGAAAUACGAAGAUGAACACAAAGGGAUUUCAGAUCUGACUGGCCUCAGAGCUAUGAUUGAGGCCAAGGCUCUCAAAAGGAGGAACAAGAGGAAGAGAUAUACAAAGAAGGAAAAGAAUAUGGCUGAAAGAGUGGAGAAAAGUAUACCGUUAAAGAUGGAAUCAAAAAUAGAAAAACCUAUGAUUUUGAUAGCAAGCAGUAAAUAUGGAGAUGCAAACAUGGAUAAGAGAAAAUUAGAAGAUGAAUACAAAGUGAUUUCAGAUCUGAGUGGCUUUGACAACCUCAGAGAUAUGUACGAGGCUGAGGCUAUCGUGAGGUCGAAGAAGAGGAAGAGAAGGAAAAAAAAGAUUGAAUGUAACGCUCAAGAGAAAGUGUCGGUUGAUGCUAUGAACGAGAUGAAGCAGUUGGAUAGAAAUAAAGCUUUAGACUCAACUGAAGCAUUGAUUACCGAGUCAGUUGAGGCCGGAAUAGGAGAAAGAGUCAUUCCUGGCUCACUGAGAUGACUCGAGUCUCGAUCGGUAUUGUUUAGAGCUCCCGACAGUGGUCUGAUGCGGCUGUAUGGUGUUGGAGCUGGAGAUCUACUUGCUGGAGAAGAUGUUCUCUUUGGAGCUCUCCCUCCAAAGACUAAAGAAGAAGUCGAAGAAGAAGUCCCUUUGAAGUCGUCUAGAUCUCCCUUUUUAUUUGAUCUUUUUCCCGCAUACGCCUCAGUAGUGGUGAGAGAUGUCCGCUUUACGUGUCUGACCUUCUCUCCCUUUCCCACUUUCUACUAACACCCCCUGCCUCCUGACACCCUCACUUCCUUGUCCCUUCUUGUCCCUCUCUUUCUCUUAUUUUGUCUUCUAGUGGUAGCCUGGUAGGCUGGCCUGGUCUUGGACCUGGUGUAUUUUACACAUAUGGCCCAUUUGAGGAUAGUUGAGGUGAACGUUACCCUAUAUGUAUUGGCCUUGGAGGCUCUAAAGUUGAGUCUAAAGAAUCAACCAGAAACCUAAUAGAAGAUUUUUCUCUUUUUCUUCCUUAUCUAUCUCUAUUUUUCUUUGAGGUUCUCACCCUCAAGCGAGAUUGUUCUUUCAAAGGUGUGUUACACUAUCUCAUCAUUUUACAGGAGAAGAAUAUGACACAAAGAUCACAGAAAAUAAUGAAGGCAAACAUGGAGUCAGCAAUAGAAAGGCCUAUGAAUUUGGCAGCAACCAUUAAUGAUGAGGAUGCAAACAACACAAAGAAGAGAAAACGCAAAGAUGAAUACAGAAUGAUUUCAGAUCUUACUAACUUCGACAACCUCAGAGCAAUGUAUGAUGCAGAGGCUUUCAUGAGGACGAGAAAGACCGCAUAAAAGCGGAAAGAAAAGUUUGUAUUUAAUGCCCAAGAGUAAAGAGAUCACAGGUUGAUACACGUGCCUUCAAUUUUUCCAUUCUGAUUCAAGGCUCGUAGGCUUGUAUCUCAUAUCCUUCGUAAUUCCUGAUCAAAUGACCUGACUUCACUUCCCAAUGAUCAUCCACGAUAAUCUCAACUCAUCAGAGUAGUCUUUUUCGUUCACUAGAAAUGGAGCAGUCAGAUAGAAUUCAAUCAGUAGAAAUAACAGGAGUGUUGGAAACCGAUUCGAUUGAGGUUCAUUGAAUGUGACUUAUUAUAUAUAUUCUCGUGGAGUCAUUAUCACUAUUAACGGUGGAGAUUCUGUUCGUUGGCUUAGGCCCGUCUGCAUCGCCCGGAUCGAACAGGCGCUUGACAUGGGCGCACAAUGCUUCAAAAAUUAACUGAAAAUGACGUUGGGAGGUGUGGUGCCUAUCAACUUUACUGAAUGUGCCCCUUUAGAGUUUGAAUAUGGACAUUAAAGGUUAUGGUAACUCUAUUCAAUUUUAUAUAGAAAUUCUGAAGAAAAAAUUUUAGAAUUGAUAUCUGUAAUUGGUGGUUUUGUUCUAUCUUGAAGGUGAAUUGUUUAUAACUUGAUAGCGAACUCUUCUGAAUGGAGGCAAUUAUAACUUUAAAGAUAGUAUUUUAAAGAU